GCUCACCGCCUGCCCGCCGCCCGUGGCCUGCCCCUUGGCGCCCGAGUGCCCAGGGUUGCUGGGCUCUCUGAUGGUCGCCUUCGGCGGCGGCGCUCUGGUCGGCGGCCUGGUGGUGACGCUCGCGCCGGCGAUCCUCGACGUGGGGGGCGUGUGGCAGCAAGCCUGCGGGACGGCGACGCUGCCCGCGCCUGCGGCAAGGCACGAGCGCUGUGUGGCGUUUCUUCCCGACGGGGGCUCAGAAGCUGUGGGCGUGCGUGCGCCUGACGGGGACGUGUACAUGGAGCGCUUGGACCUGCCUGGCAUGGCCUCCUGGAUGCGGCUCCCUGGCGGCGUGCAGGACGGCGACUUGGGCGACGCUGAUGUGCGCUGCGAUCGUUUCCGGCAGGUGCCGCUGGCCCAGGAGCUCGGGGCACACACGGGCGCCCUGGCCCGCGAGUGCCGCCAUCCUCCGCCCGGGCUGCCGCUGGUGCGGAACGUUGGGAUGGCGACCCGCCGGGAGGCGCCGCCCGCCCAGGUCGUGACCGACGACCGAGCUCUCGGUCAGCAUGUUGGGGAGCCGCUGAUAUCGAUGCUGCCGUCCGAGGGUGAUCUGGCCAGUGCGACGAACCAGGGCCUGGACGCCCAGGCUCUUCGUGGCGAUCGGGAAGACGACGGGGACGACGACCUUCGGACCCUCGCGGAGAAGUGGGAUCGCAAGAAUGAGCGUCGCCGCACCUUGGACAGCGCGGUGGUGAAUCUGUCAGAGAUGGGCUUCGCGGAGGUGACGGAGAACGGUCGCAGCGCCCACAAGCUCGGGGUGCUGCUCAACGUUCUGGAGCUGGCUGGCUCGGAGGACCAGCUGAACGUCGGGGACCUGUCGUACAUGGAGUUCGUGGGCUGCAGGGUCCAGCUGAUCAUCGACGCGAUCUCGGACGGUGGUGCUGCCGUCCGGGAGGGCUCCGAGCACUUCAUGGGACUCGGGCGCAGGGUGAGAGGCUUCGCCCCGGCUCUGCAGAGCCACAUUGCCGCCGGAUUCAAGGACGAGGCAGAGAUCGACAAGUUGCGCGACAUAGCGCGAGAGGCUUGGAUGCUUCGCGGGGGCAAGUCUGGCGGCCAGGACAAGUG